UAUGUUGACAAAAUCGUUAGUUGGGGGAACAUUUUUUUUUCCGUGUAGUUGCUCGGAAUCGAGCAAAUGUUGCGGAGUCACAACAUUUUCAACAAUGUCAGUGGCCUUCCACAGCUGGCCCCGCUCACGCUGAGCGUGGCUUUAAUAGAUAUGGCACUGGGCCUAUGCCCCCCCUCCCUCCAUCCCGGCCACCCACAUGUCAGCAGCUGCUCUUCAAGAGAAGCCGCCGUGCGGCAGUGUACUAGCAGCGAUGGCGACGAUAGGAGAGUUGGAUGUGCCUGCCGUGGUUAAGAACGCACUUGCUGAAAUCGCAAAGGCUCGCGGCUUCGGUGAACCAAGGUUUCAUGUGGAAUCAGGUUCAAGUGCCGGUGAUGGAUACACCAGUGUUAUGUUUCGGGUCAACUUGAAUGGCACGGACGCUAGUGGGAAGGCCGAUUCUCUAAGUGUCAUGUGCAAAACCACGAUAUCAGACAAUAUGAUGAUGGCUGGAGUGUUUAAAACAGAAGAUUGUAUAUACAAAUCAGUAUUGCCGGCAAUGGAAAACAUCGCUGCGCUUAAGGAACCUCUCCCAUGGCCAAGGUGUUACCACUCUGACGUGGGAGGAGAAAAGCCCUGCAUAGUCCUGGGUGAUCUUGGCGUUGACAACUUUACCAUGGCGGAUAGGCGCGUGCCACUCGACGUGAAACACUGCCGCCUCGCCUUGUCCCAGCUCGCACGGUACCAUGGAGCAGGGCUGGCCCUGCGUCACCUCAAGCCGGACGAAUUUCAGUACAUGGCAGACACACUGGGGGCCUCAUAUGCCAACAAAGAAAUGCUCGAAGCAUUUCAACACUUCUUUACGACAAUAGAGAACGCAGCUGGUCUCGGGUGAAGUCACAGGCUGCAAGCUCAUCGACUUCCAGACCUCAAGGUUUGGGGCCACGGCCAUGGACCUAGGGUCCCUGUUGGUGGCAUGCACCGACAAGGCGACUAGAGACGAGCAUUGGGACGACUUGCUGCGAGGCUACCACCGCGAGUUGCAAGACACAUUGAGAUCCUCGGGCAUAAUGGACCCGGACAGCAUCUAUUCUUGGGAUCAGUUUAUGGUCAGAAUGCAGGAGGCCGUUCGGUAUGGCGUCUGCUGGACGCCUAUGGCACUACACGCCUUUCUUGCCGACGCACAGGGCGUACAGGAGCUGCACGACUCGGUCAAGGGGUUGGGUGAUACGAUUGGAAGCAAGCAACUGACACCAACGCCAACUUUUAAGAUCCAGGCCUCCCCUCAGAUGGUACAGCGGUUCGGAGAUGUAGUCCAGAGCGCCCUCGACUGGGGAUGGUUGUAGGCAAUGGCAUACACACUCAGUUAAACAGCUUUACCAAAGGAGUGCCUCUGAAUCCAAAUGUCACUUGUCUUAAGCUGUUCGAUAAGUCGCAACACAAAUAAAUUGUCUCUCCGUUUCCGUAUGAAACGAAAUGGUGUGAA